UUAAUAUCAUUCAAAAUGAGUUCAUAAAAAUUUUUUUAAAACCUGUUUUAUUUCUACUAUGGUAAACACUGAUAGAUACAACCCACAUACACAAAAUUAUACUUACUAAUUUGUAAGACAAUUUGUAAGACUGUAUAGAUAUCCUGAAAAUAAAAUGUCUGAGAAUCACUGCCUCAGCAAGGAGACAAUGUGACAAGAGCACUCCCAUACUGGGGAAAAGGUGUCAGGACAAAGUCCCAAAUCCCUAGGCCUGUCUCUCAGGGUCUCAGGCCCCAGGGCGGUGUCGGGGGCGGGGAAGCCCAGUGUUGGGGAGUCCCUAUCUCCCCUGGUUUCACUUCUCCCUGUCACAACCUAUGUCAGGUCCUUCUACCGGGAUACUCAUGAUUCGGCCCCAGUUCGCUCUCCCGUUGUGUGUAGGGUUUCUAGGGAACCCAAUCAGCGACACCAUCGUUCAGGGUUAUAGUGUAAUCACUGGAAGGGCGGCGACUUAGCUUCUCCGCAAAACAUGAGAUGUCAGUCUUGCGUCCCAGACCCCUCCUCCUGCUGCUGUCGGGGACCCUGGCCCUGAGACCAGGACGGAUGAGUGAGGGGUCGGGAGAGAAAACGCCCCAGCGUGGGCGGAGGCAGGGGACCGCUAGACGGAAGGGCUGCUCCACCGCCUCGGACCCAGAGCUCUCACCUCCGCCUCACCCACCCCUUGGUCCCGACUCUUCUCCAACCUGCCACCCCUCUUCCGUCCCACAAGCCCCCUCGUCCGUGCCCUCCCGGCCGCCUCCCCCUAGGACCCGGGCCCCACGCCGAGAGGAGGGUCGGGAGGGGUCUCACCCCUCCGCGCCCACAGGCUCCCACUCCCUGAGGUAUUUCCACACCGCGGUGUCCCGGCCGGGCCGCGGGGAGCCCGGGUACUUGGAAGUCGGCUACGUGGACGACACGCAGUUCGUGCGGUUCGACAGAGACACCCCGAGUUCGGUGAUGGAGCCGCGGUUGCAGUGGGUGGACCAGGAGGGGCCGGAGUAG